ACGUGACAUGAAAACCCAUUAUCUGAAACCCAAAACCUUUUCUUUAUCCUGUCUCAUGUGUCACUUUAGCUCGUGUUCUACGGUGGUUUUGUUUAUUAUUUCAGUUACUGACACGCACGAAGUGUAAAUGCAGUCACUAUUUAUGUCACCUCGACGACUCUUCUUCGUGUUACUCGGCCUUGCCGCCUUUUUUCUCCUCAUUUUCACAUCGUCCACGGGGCAUUUGCAAUUCCGCAAGCAUUCGCCUUCGAAAGUAAAAGAACACAGUGUUUUUCAAAGAUUUGAAACGCUCCUAGACGAAGCAAACACUCGCAAAAGACAAGUAAACCAGGCGAAAGGGGAGAAUCCAGUGUUCACAACUAGACUUCCCACGACAACAGAACCACCGCCGACAAUACCAAGUGUUCCCUCGGAUAACUCAGGCUUCGGUUUGACGUACAUCGACGUUGGAAAUGUGGUUAACGCUAACAUUGAGAGACCGAUUCAAGGAGGCUUCUGCAGCAUUCCAUUUAGGUACGGAGACAUGUGUCCGCAGAGUUACACUGAUAUCGGAGGGUAUUGUGAAUGGGGUAGGGACAAGAAGUCGUUCGCGUGCCCUGAUAUUCGCAUGAACGCAAGGCUAGAUCAUCGACAGGGCCAACUUGUCACAACUAGAAUGCUGCGGAUAUUCGAUCUCAUCGCGCGUAAACACAAACUGCGAUACUGGCUGGAGAGUGGCACAAUGCUUGGAGCUGCAAGACACAAAGGAAACAUACCUUGGGACACGGACAUCGAUAUAUCCAUGCCUUUGAAGGAUUACGUGAUAUUCUUUAAUAAAGCUGCACAAGAGCUGCCAAAGGAUAUUUUCUUCCAGAACUCAGAGUCAGACCCCGCGUUGAGGCCGGCUAACUAUCGCUCCAAACGGCACCAGAUCAUAGGGAUGUAUAAGCGACCGUACAACCCUCGCUUGCGAGACCGUCAUAGCUGCUAUAAAUAUUGUAUAAAACACGGCUGUGGUUGGCACGAUGGAAUGAUGAUCGAUAUAUUUGUAAAAGAUGGCGACUUAAGCAAUGCUGGGAUUUUUCCUCUGAAGGAAAUCGAGUUUGAAGGGUUUAUAUUCCCAGUACCGUCCACAUGGAAUAAAAUGCUGGAGAAAUCGUACGGAAAAAAUUACAUGAAGGUGCCUAAGAAUGAAAAGGAUAGGAGACCUGUGGAUUUCCCGGAUCCACUUAUGAGCUGCGACGCGAUUAAGUUAAAGAAAGAGCAGGAAUCACGGGCGUUUGAGUACUAGGCAAAUGCAAACAAACGUGCUGACCCAGAUAAAAAUGGCUAACGAGACCAAAUAUUAAGUGAAUCGCAGCGCACCCCAACACAGUCCACUCGCCUUGUUGUAGAUGUUUAUAAUAUUGUUUGCUACGAGGCUUAAAUGGUUACAAAGGUCUACUGUGCUAGGAGAUGAAAGGAGGUCCAGAUGCACAAGCAAAUUCCCUCCCUUCAGUCGCUUUCGCGUAUGCAUGCAACAGACAUCAGUCUGUGGUUCUUCGAGACGAGUGGUCGUCACGCAACAUAAGGGAAUACUGAUUGAUACUGGUGGUUCGUCACGCAAUAUUGACAUGCCAAGGAAAUGACCUAGGAGUGACCGCGUCACGCAAUAUUGACAUGACAAUGAAAUAACCUAGGAGUGACCGCGUCACGCAAUCUUGACAUGCCAAGGAAAUGACCUAGGAGUGACAGCGUCACGCAAUCUUGACAUGCCAAGAAAAUGACCUAGGAGUGACCGCGUCACGCAAUCUUGGCAUGCCAAGGAAAUGACCUAGGAGUGACCGCGUCACGCAAUACGGGCAUUCAAAAUAUAUUUUCACCCGACAUGCACCCCGGACAUCUUACUCAUGGAGAACUCUUAACGUCAGGUCUUGCUUUUUUCGUGAAAAAUAUAAUAAAACUGUGGCGGAUAAA